AUGUGGGACGACGCUCACGCGAAGCGUGGAAGGACGUCGGUGUUCCGGCCUUCCGGGCAGGUGGGCCUCGUCUGCGACGGCCGCGCCACCUGCCUCAACGUGAUCGGCACGACGGCCUUCGUGGUGACGUCGACGCUGCGACAGUUCACAGUAUACGACGCGUUUGCGAUGCGGAUCGCAUUCGUGUCGCUGCCGCUACAGUACGAAAUCCGGCAUAUCGCAACCCUGUUGGAAAAUGUGUUCGUCGUUCUGGGCAACGGGGCAAUCUACGCAUUCCACCGAUACGACCAGCGCCGUAUCGACAGUAAGCACUCGGCGGCGGUGCUGGGCAUCGAAAUCGUGGACGGGCACCUCGUUACCUUCAGCAGCAAGGAGGUGAUCACGUACGAGCUUAUGAAGCCUAGCCCAGCUCCAGCGGCGGCCAAGGGUGCCCGGAGCGCUGGUGUGGCACGACCGCCAAGUGAACACACGAGCGGCACUGCAACUGACGGUAAAAGUGAAGCAGUGGCUAAUGGCGCCACGAGUAGCGCUGAUGGCGGUAGUGAUAAGGGAACUGAGAACAAAAGCCAGCAAUGGAUACCCAGCAAGACGAUACCCAUGUCGGACGGGAUAUCCAUCGAGAUGCUUAUCCCGCUCGCCGGGUUCAAGAAUAAGGUGCUAUUAGCGUCGAGCAACGGCCAGGUGCAUCUCUGCAACGUCUCCACGGGGAGUCUCAUAUACACGUUCCGCUUCCCCGACCCGGUGCUGCUGCACCAGGUUAAGGAGGGCGGGCAGGGAGUCACGGCGAUGGUCCAGUCCAAGCUCAAAUCGAACGCUAUCGUCGCUGUGGCGUACCGGAGCGGCGAGGUGGUGCUGGCGGACAUCAAGUCUGACCAGUCGCUGGGCACGUUCCGCCUGUCGAAGCAGCAGCAACAUGCGACGUCCAUGGUGUUCGUCUACGACGCCCUGGGGAUGCUGCUGCGUGGCGAGAAAAGCGCGAUUGCACGAGAAGCGUUGCUGGUAGGUGCCGCGAACGGCGACAUUGUGGUUUUCGACCUCACGGAAUUCCGGACCUUCGGCGUGGUUGAGCAUGCCCACGCAGGCGCGGUGCGCAACAUCAUGUACGUCGAAAGCGCCAACCACAUCAUCACCGCGGGAACCGACAACGCGUUGGUGCUGUGGGCGAUGGACUCCGACAAGCAGCUUCUGCGCGAACUCAAGAACCGCCGGGGGCUCAUCGGCGAAAUCGGCUUGAUGAAAACAUACGACGCCGACGAGCUUGACUUGCUGGUAUGCAGCAGCGCUGAUGGCGUGGGGUACCUGGGAAAGGCGUCGACCAUUCAGCAGUUGCGAUGCAGCACAUUCUCCACCAGCGCCUCGAAGAAUAAACUGAGGCCCAUCACCGCAAUCGCAACCUGCUACCAGAGGCACUACGACUGGCCCAAUAUCGCAACGUGCCACAAAAACACCUCGGCAGUGCAUAUUUGGAGCGGACAUCGGCGGUCACUGGUGGAGGCGGUCUUGCGCGCGCCCAACGUCUCGGUGCCAGCCACGGCGGUUUGCAUCAGCAGCUGCGGCAACUACGUCGCCGUCGGCUACGACAAUGGGUGCAUGCAUCUCUUCAAUCUGCAGAGCACAAACCACGAGGACGAGUUCGUCGUUAAAGCGAAUGGCGCACGUUCGCCGGCGCACCCGGCACGCGUGAUCAUGAUGUCGCUGCUGGGAGGCACGCAACUGAUUUCGGUGUCGAACUCCAGCGAGGACCGUUCCAUCCGCGUGUGGGACAUCGCUACUGUCGCCCUUAAGAGCACCUACGACCCCGAGAUACCCAAAGGUGCCCACAUCUACCUCGCUGUUUGCGGAAGCUUGCUCACUGCGCUGGCGUGCUCCGACGGCGUGAUAUACCUGGUUGACGUCAUCGGCAAGAUGGUGAUCCGCACCAUUCCGUAUGGAAAGGUGACCUCCAUGUCGUUUCACCCCAACGGCAGCUGGUUCGUUGCCAAUGCUAGCGAUUCUACCAUGGUGAUUUAUGACAUCCUGGCCGCUUGCUACGUGGAGUACGCCAAGUUCACUGGUAGCGUGCUAGCGGUCAACAUCGACUCGUCCGGCGCCUUCCUGAACGUGGCGGUGGACAACGCGCCGGGCAUGAUCCUCCGGUACGCAAACAAGCACGUCUUCGAAAUCAACGCCAAAACUAUGCUGUACAAGGAUUUGGCGUCGGAGCCCGUGUUGCUCCAGCUGCCGUGCGUGGUAAACGACGAGUCGGAUCCCGAGAACACCAGAGACGCCAACGUGCCAGAGGGGUCGGACGCUGGCGAUGUGGAGAUGCAGGUGGACUACCGCUCCUCCAGCGAGCCGCUGGCGGAAGGCUUGAUGACGCUCUCCGGAAUGAAUUCGGGGCGUCUGCAGAGCAUCCUCUUUUUGGAUGAGAUCAAGGAGAAGAGCAAGCCUAUAGAGCCGCCAAAGGCCCCUGCGGACCUGCCAUUCUUCUUGCCGACGACGUACAAGGACGGGCAGCUGGUCUUCGUGGAGCCCACAGAAAACAGCACGCUCGACGAACAGGCGUCUAGCACGAGAAAGCGCAUUGUACGCUCGUCGGAAGCGCUUCCAGACUUCGAGAAACUUAUUCUGGCAAAGGUGGAGGCGCCAAAGAAAUAUGAAGACAUGAUGGCCUUUUUGCUGGCACAGUCGCCUUCCGGGGUGCACCUGGCGCUGUCUAUGCUGAGCGUUGAGCAUAAGGAGGAGGCGCUGACGACAAUGCUGAAGUUCUUCGAGUACUAUCAGGCCAGCCGCAAGCACUCCGAUGCCUUGCAGGUGUUGCUGCACGUGUUCCUGCGCUAUCACGGCGACCAACUGAGUAGCCUCGGGGGCGGAGAAACGUGCAACACACUGGCGCGCCUGGGAACUUCCCUGAAGGAGGAUAGUCUGGCGUUGCAGCGGCACUUCGAACGCAUCUCGUGCUUCAUCAAGUUCCUGACGCACCUCCAGAUGGAAUGA